CAUCUCCAACCUCCUCGCCAUCUCCAGGAACAACAAUGACAAGUGAAGCAUCAACUGCCAGCUCCAAACCCCCAACCACCUCACCCCCAACUACCCCUCCUCCAACCACCUCACCCCCAACCACUUUACCCCCAACUACCAAACGCACAACCACCUCACCCCCAACGACAACAACCACCAAACCAACUUCAACUUCAAAAGCUCCGUCAGCAGUAAAUAAGUGUCAGAAUGGAGGGACCUGGACUGGUACCGAGUGUAAGUGUGUUUCUCCGUUCAUCGGCAAGUUCUGUGAAUCCGCGUCUGAGACAGUUAAAGUUGAGAACGUCACCAAUACAUUUGGUGCCUCAGUGAAAAUAGGAAACGAAGAGUUCAAACCAGCGAUGGCGGACAACCAAAGCACGGAGUUUAAGAACUUCACGAGAGACUUUAAGAACCAGAUGGAUCAGAUUUAUGGCAACAUUGAUGGAUACGACAAAGUGAUCGUGAAAGAAUUGAGAAAGGGCAGCAUCGUGGUUGACCAUGAAAUAAUGUUCGUUCUGCCUCCUGAGAAGAUCACAGAGGAUUUUAUCAGUAACACCCAGAGUAGCAUACAAGAUGAACUGGAAGCCAGCAGUAGUGGGAAUUUCAGUUUUCAGAUCAACAGUAGCUUCACGACAGUGAAGUUUGAGAAAUCAGAUGCUGACGAUGCCUGUGCGGCUGCAGUCAGUGAGGAGAUGAAGCCACAUUUCGAGAUGGUGGCGACGGGGUCAGGCCUGGUGUGUGCCUCUCGCUGUAACGCUGUCCACAACGAACCACUCACCUGCUCACAAGGCCGGUGUGGCCUGACCACACGAGGACCCAUCUGCUUCUGUGACCUGACCCAGGAGUACUGGUACUAUGGAGAUCGCUGUGAGCUGAGAGUGCACAAGGCCGGGAUGAUCGCUGGGGUCACUGUGGCCGCUGCUGUCCUCCUCGUCAGUCUGAUCGUCCUCACCAUCUACACCAUGAAGAACCGGCAACAAAAACAAGCCAGGGAGAAGCUGAUGAGUGUGGAAAACAGCUCAUUGUGGGAGGAAGACUUUGAGUGGCCGAAGCUCACUGUGUUCGGAGUUGGCCGAGAAUCUCCUCAAACUUCCACAACUCCAUCAUCGUUGGAGAGUCAGUGAAACACAGUACUCCUCCCAACACCAACUCCCACUGGGGGGGCUUCGGGACCACAACCUUCUGACUGGCUGGUGGGGAGUUUUGGGGGCAAGAAUGCCUCCCACUGAGCCGGGGUGGGGGGGGGGAGUCCCCAUUGUUUUGUUUUCCCCAAUCUUCUUCCUCUGACAUUCAGAGCCAAUUUCGACCCCUUUAGUUUAGAACGAGCAAAUCAAAAUGUACGCGGUGAUGUGAUCUGAAAUGAAAUUGAAUGCAAUAAAAUCAUAGAAUCACAGGAUUAUACAGCA